AUGAGCACAAAUGAGCACAAACAACUUUGGCUGUCUCAAUUGACCAAGGCCAAAGUCACAUCAACACCUCUCAAAAUCUCAAAAGGGCUGCCUGACUACAAAAGGCGUUUCCUUGAGCUCUUGUCGCUUGGCAACAUCCAGAGGCCAAAGACUGCUGUGCUGAAUCUCAUCAUGCGGCGCUGCCCUGCCCGGGUGAUGGUGCUUGGUGACUGCAACGAUGCUGUGGACCUGUACAGGGAGGCUCUGCUCUUUCCUGGACCUUCUACCGAGCGCCACCUGCUCACACAGCAUGGACUGAGGGUCAAUGGGCCCCUGUUUCCUAACCCUGCUGAGGGCAGUAUGAGCCUGCUGAUUGGAGCAACAUGUGAAGGCUUGCCCGUUAUAGUCAAGCUGCUUGCUCAAGGAAGCAGCACUGACAGUGAUCAGCAGCCUGGUGGUGCAGAGGCGGAGGCAUGCCGGGCGCUAAUAGAGUCGAAGCCUGCAUCUGUGCCGCUGGUGCCAGCACGUGUUAUCACCUUCAAGCUCGGUGCCGAGCACAUGUCCAAUGUCGACCGUGUUCCAGGCCUGUAUGCGGCAUUAUGCAUGCCGCGGUAUGUGUCAUCUCUCGCAUUGAUGGUGCCACUGCCGGCGGCAGCUGUGCUGGCGGGAGGCAGGCGCAUGGCUGCAGCAUUGGAAUGGAUUCAUGAAAAAGAGUACACACACAUGGAUGUCAAGGCAGACAACAUAUUCGUGGACUCCAAGGGCAGGUGGUGGCUGGGUGACUUCGGCUCCACGGUUCGCACAGGCUCGCCGGUGACAUCCACCACCAUCAUUUUUGCUCCCUGCAUGCUCCUGGGCCUCCCUGCGAAGCCACAGUAUGACUGGCACAUGCUUGCCGUGGUGCUGGUGUGUGAGAUGAACCGGAACAACUGGAAAGAGCUGCUGAUCAAGGGCAGCUGUUCGCCUCCUGAGAACCUGAUUGUGGCCAUUAAGGAGCUGCACAGGCUCUGGGCCAUGCGAUUCAUUGCACAAGCACUGAUGGCAGCAGGUUGUGAAGCCCCUUCCUCAGUGUGUCACGGAAGGGGAACGUGCCCAGGUCGAACAGGUUGUGAACCGCCAUGCAUCCUCCACCAACCCGGCACCAUCACUAACACCAGCAAAGCCGAAAACUCCGUCAAGCCACCGGCUACCAGUGAUUUUUUUUCAUUUAGGGCGGGUCUCAAUUUAUUCCAACCGAAGUAA